GAACAAAGAGGAGACAGACAUAGCAAAGUGAUGGCAGUGAUAAGUGCUGUUCAUUCUGUUAGCUCCCUGCAUUUACAAUCACACCUUCAGAGGCUUAACAAUGGAGAAUUCUUCUUCUCUACAAGACCAAGGAAAAUGAAGGUCCCUCUUCCUUGCCAUCACCAUCAUCAUCCAAUCUACUCAAGUAAUGCUUUUGGUUGUAGUGACAGAACCAGCAUCAUAAUAAACUCAACAUCUGGUUCUUCCACAGCAACUUCUGCUGUUGAGGGGUCCCUCUCUGAGGUAGAAAAGAUAAAGCAGAGGUUUCGUACAUGGCAAUGGAAGGGUCAAUAUUCAAUCAACUACUUUGUUUCUUCGGACUCUCCUCAGCAGUUGCAAGCCAACCACCCUCCCCUCUUACUUGUUCAUGGCUUCGGUGCCUCCAUUCCUCACUGGCGCAGGAAUAUCAAUAUUCUAGCCCAGAAUUAUACUGUGUAUGCUAUUGAUCUUCUUGGUUUUGGGGCUUCAGAUAAGCCUCCAGGCUUUCAAUAUACCAUGGAAACUUGGGCUCAGUUGAUCUUGGAUUUCUUGAAUGAAGUUAUUCAGAAGCCAACAGUACUUAUAGGAAACUCUGUUGGAAGUCUCGCCUGUCUCAUUGCUGCCUCAGAUUCAAAUCAAACUCUUGUGAGAGGCAUUGUGCUGUUAAAUUGUGCUGGUGGCAUGAACAACAAAGCGAUUGUUGAUGACUGGAGGAUCAAGCUACUAUUACCCUUGCUUUGGCUGAUUGAUUUUUUAUUAAAGCAAAAGGGAAUUGCCUCAGCAAUUUUUGAGCGAGUUAAACAAAGAGAGAAUUUAAGAAACGUUUUGAGUUCAGUGUAUGGAAAUAAGGAGUCUGUGGAUGAAGAACUAGUGGAGAUCAUCAGGGAACCAGCCAAUGCUCCAGGGGCCUUAGAUGCAUUUGUGUCCAUUGUGACUGGUCCACCGGGCCCCAAUCCGGUGGUGUUGAUGCCAAACAUAUCCUUGCCUGUUUUACUUUUGUGGGGAGACGAAGAUCCCUUUACUCCAAUUGAUGGACCUGUUGGCAAGUACUUUUCUUCAUUGCCUUCUCAACAAGAGAAUGUUAAACUCUUCUUACUUGAAGGUGUUGGACAUUGUCCCCAUGAUGACAGACCUGACUUAGUACAUGAAAAGUUGCUUCCCUGGUUGGCAAGUCUUUGAAAUUCAGAGUAGUGUUAAGUACUCAGCUGCUGCAACCAGCUCUUGAAACCUGUCACUGUUUAGGCCGUGAUUCCAUUAUCUAUAACUACUGCUACUUGUAUAGGUUAUGUUCAUAAUUUUUUUUUGUAUUCUUAUUCACACCACCAAUUUUCUUCUAAGAUAGAUUACAUAUAUAUAUGUUUCAAAUACAUCGAAAUGAGCCUUUCUUAUG